AUGUCUUCCAAAGAUGACAAAAUUCUCCAUGAUGAAGAUGAUGGCACUGUAGAAGACAUCAACAUCGUUCCUACAGCAGAUCUCCCGACAAGACUCGCAGACAGUGUCGCCUAUGGCCCAGGAGGUAUCCGAGGCGUUAUACAGUCCCCUUUUGUCUUUGGGGCUGCAUUUCUCGCUUCAUUAGGUGGAUUUUCCUUUGGAUAUGACCAAGGAGUUAUUUCCAUCAUCAACGUCAUGCCUCAGUUCCAUGAUGUCUUUCCUAGGGCAGCUUCUGGCUUUGGGAAGGGCUUCAUGACUGGUAUGCUGGAGUUUGGAGCUUUCUUAGGUUGUUUCUUCAUGCCCUGGAUGGCCGAUAAGAUCUCCCGAAAGAAAGCUCUGGCUGUAGUUGUUGUGAUCUUCAAUAUCGGUGCCAUACUGCAGACUGCCGCCGUUAACUAUGAAAUGCUCGUUCUUGGUCGCACAGUCGGUGGAAUAGGUGUUGGCACUCUUGCAUUGGGCGCUCCUCUUUACAUAUCCGAAAUCUCACCCCCGAAUCUACGAGGAACUCUUCUGGUUCUCGAAUCCAUAUCUAUCUGUGCCGGUGUAGUGGUUUCAUUUUAUAUCACUUAUGGAACUCGCCAUUUGGAGGGCGAGAUUGCUUUCCGUCUUCCUCUUGGCCUUCAAAUGGUCUCUGCAACAGUCGUCGGAGUUGGAAUCCUCUUCUUCCCUUACUCACCCAGAUGGCUUGCCCUUGUUGGGCGCACAGAAGAUGCUCUCAGCAAUCUAUCUCGAAUGCGUCGUCUCCCACCUGACGACUCUAGAGUCCUUACUGAGUAUCAAGGCAUUAUCGCCGAGGCGCAAUUCCAGAAAACCGUGCUUGAGCGCCGCCACCCUGGUAAACAGGGCUUCAAGCUCGAAGUCUUGACUUGGCUUGACUUGUUCAACCACAAGACAUGGCGAAGAACUGUCGUGGGUUGUGGGAUUUUGUUCUUUCAACAAUUCAGUGGAAUCAACGCAUUCAUUUAUUACGCCCCGACUCUCUUCCAGUCACUUGGCCAGUCUGAGGAGAUGUCUCUUACCAUGUCUGGUAUCUUUAAUGUUCUUCAGCUAGUUGCUGUUGGCGUCUGUUUCUUUAUCAUAGAUCGAGUUGGUCGCCGUCCUCUGGCCAUCUUUGGUGGUGUUGGAGGUGCUGUUUCGUGGGGAAUCAUGGCUAUUCUUGUUGGCAUCUUCUCCCACGACUGGAAGACCAAUGCAGCAGCUGGUUGGGGGUGUGUUGCUAUGGCCUUCAUAUUCAUUCUAUGUUAUGGAGUUUCAUAUUCGCCUCUGGGUUGGGCCCUUCCAUCAGAAGUCUUUCCCAGUGCAACUCGAUCUAAGGGUGUAGCCCUGUCAACUGCAACUUGCUGGAUUUGUAACUUUAUUGUUGGUGUCAUUACUCCUCCUAUGCUAGAGUCCAUUGGAUUUGGCACGUAUGUCUUUUACGGAUCCUGGUGCGCUAUCGCAGCUGGCUGGGCAUACUUCCUUGUCCCUGAGACUAAGGGCAGAUCUCUAGAGGAGAUGGACCAAGUAUUUGGAGAUAACAGUGGUCAAGAGGAGAAGGAGAUUAUGAAAGCAACUGCUGCGCAGGCCAGAAGUGCAGGCAAUCCUAAUAUCCAUGUGUAG